GAUGGCGGCGCCCAUGAAAAAAUAGCGACGACCAUGAAAUCUACUCGCUUUGUCAACAAAUACCAACUCUAAUAACAUUUUAGGAUAUAUACAAUUUCUACAUUCUCCUUUUGUCACGUGAAACAAGAAAAGGGCAUUUUGAAGCAUGGAUCAGUGAACUUUCUGAAGUUUCACUUUGAGUUACAACAUUUCUUAAAGUGAAGUGCAGUUUGUAACGUUUCCAUCAAAAAUGGCAGCUGGAAGUGAUGUCCGAGACAUUCUUGAGUUGGAGCAAGCUCCAGAAAAGGAAAUGGUCACAAAAGAAUCCUUAAUGUAUGAUGGCAAAAAGAAAAAAGCGAAGAAAUCUGAACUAACAUUUAAGCGACCGGAGGGCAUGCACAGGGAGCUGUGGGGUCUAUUGUGGACUGACAACAACUAUGGAUACAGAGAUGCUCCUCCCAUCAUCCCCUCUGACACCAAUCAGGGCUAUAAACAGAUGAAGGCCAAGAUUGGCAGCAGCAGAGUUCGACCCUGGAAGUGGAUGCCAUUUACUAACCCGGCCAGGAAGGAUGGUGCUAUCUUCUACCAUUAUCGAAGAGUUGCAGAUGAAGGGAGGGACUACCCCUUUGCCCGCUUCAACAAGAGUGUGGACGUCCCGACGUACUCCGACCUCGAGUAUCAGCAGCAUCUCCAUGACGACAACUGGCCACGCCAGGAAACUGAUCACCUCUUUGACCUCUGUAAACGUUUUGACCUCCGAUUUAUCAUCAUACAUGAUCGAUGGGACCGGGAGAAGUACCGAGACCGCAGUGUUGAGGACCUCAAGGAGAGAUAUUACAAUGUGUGUAAUACCCUAUCAAAGGUCCGAGCCCCACAGGGUUCUGAGCCCAAGGUCAAAGCAUUUGAUGCCGAGCAUGAGAGGAAGAGGAAACAACAACUGAUAAAGUUGUUUGACAGAACACCGGAACAGGUGGAGGAAGAAGACUACCUCAUUGCAGAGCUGAAGAAAAUUGAACUGAGGAAGAAGGAGAGAGAAAAGAAAACCCAGGAUCUUCAGAAGCUCAUCACGGCAGCAGACAGCAGCAUCGACAGCCGGCGCACAGAGAGGAAGACAACGAAGAAGAAGGUCAACCCUCAACAGAAAAUCAAGGAAAUGGGGACGACCCCAGACUCAGGCGGGAUCAAGUUUGCAGAUUUCAAACAGUCUGGUGUUUCUCUCAGAAGUCAAAGGAUGAAAUUGCCUGCAUCGAUUGGCCAGAAGAAACUGAAAGCUAUUGAACAGGUGCUGGAGGAACUUGGAAUCGAAUAUAACCCCAUGCCAACUGAAGAGAUUGUUCACCACUUCAAUGAGCUGCGACAGGACAUAGUGUUGUUGUAUGAGCUGAAGCUGGCUCUUGCUAACUGUGAAUAUGAGCUGCAGACUCUACGUCACAGGAUGGAACCAGAUGGCUCCGCACAGCCCUUAGAAAUUGACCCCUUGGGUACCUCAAUUGGAGGGAUGGUCAUCAAGACGGAGCCUCCCUCCCUUCCCCCAUCUGCUCCUUCCACCCCAGCUCCUGACCCAGGGUCUGCCUCCACCAGCGUCACACCUCCGUCAGGUCCCAUCUUUGAUCCCCAGUCGGCAGAGUCCCCCAACAAACAGAAGAAGGUCCUGGAGACAAUCGAUGUGGUCGGGGGAGCUCCAGGAACACCCAAUAGAAAACGGAAGGCUGCCCUAGAACAAAGCAACAUUCUCAAGAAAAUCAAACAGAAGCCCUAGGAGACGUCCUCCUCACUGUACAGAUGCUGGGGAUGUUUUGGAACAGUACUUGUAUGCAGAAUUCCAUCCAUGUUCUCUCAAUAUACAUCACCUCUUCCAAGCACUCUCAAGUGUUGCAUGUCUGGUGCAAGGCUGUGUAAUAUGCUGGACAGAGUUGUGUCCCUUAGUUGAGCAGGAUCAGAUAUUGUUGGUUCAAAUCCCAAAUUCAUCCUGAUUAUGAUAUUUGUGUCACCACCAUAGUCAUGGUUAUAGGUUGCACAAAGGCUGUAAACACUGUGAUCUGAUUCACUGUGGGCUCUUCUCAGACAUUAACCUGACAUGCAGUGAUGUAACUGAAUGCUGUGGGGCUACACUCACUGUCAGGAUAGAUUGACUGGUGUUGUAGUACAUAUGGUGGUAUCAGUGCAUCACAACUUACACUAAGGCUUUUCUCUAAGCUAUAGGUCUUCAGCAACCCUUGCUUGCCGUAAAAGGCGACUGUGCUUGUUGUAAGAGGCGACUAACGGGAUCAGGUGGUCAGACUCGCUGACUUGAUUGAUGCAUGUCAUCGUAUCCCAAUUGUGUGGAUCGAUGCCCAUGAUAUCAAUCCCUGGAUCAUCUGGUCCAGACUUGAUUAUUUACAGACUGCCAUCACAUAGCUGGAAUAUUGCUGAGUGCAGCGUUAAACAACAAAAAAUCUAAUCUAAGAAGUGAUGUAUCACGUAAAUACUGCAUUUACCAUAUUAAGCACCCUGAUUCAAUAAGCGAAACACUUGCAGGAAUUCCAGAAAUAGAAUUUGCGCCCAGUAAACUAUGUUGUUGUAAGAGGUGACCAAAUGGAUCAGUGGUCUGGCCCAGUGAUUUGGCUGAUUGCAUGUCAUCAUACCCCAAGGGUGUGGGUCGUUGCUCAUAAUAUCAAUCACUGGUUUGUCUUGCCAAGACCAUCAUCAUGCAGCUGGAAUAUUGCUGGUCGCAGCAAUAAACAAAAACACAAAGUGAAAAAUUACGUUAUGAAGUUUAAACUUUCUCAGUUCUCUGCAGCAUUUCGCAGAAACAGUGGGACUCGGAUUGUUUCUGAUACAUCAGGGCUGUGGGGUGGCCAAAUGGUUCAAGUGUUUGCUCGUCACGUCGAAGGUCUGGGUUUGUUCCCCACAUGAAUACAAUGUGUGAAGCCCAUUUCUGGUGUCCCCUGGUAUGGUUGCUGGAAUAUUGCUAAAAGGGGCAUAAAACCCUACUCACUUCCUCACUCUACGAGACAUCAAGGUUAUCACUGGGAUUCCUUGCCGACAAACAGUCUGCAGAUAAUUAAUGCCAUGUGUCGAUAUCAAGUUGAUUAACAACUGUUUUCAGAGUAUUGCUCCCUCAUCAAUGAAAGGAAUUGACUGAAGAGGGAAGUGAAUCAUGAUGCUCUCAUAAGCUUUCUAAGCAUACAAUGUGUGUUGUGUGUAGAGUAAAAGUUUGUACAUAACAAUCAGGAUACUGUGAUGUGCAAGCUGGUGUAUUGAGGUAAUAAACUAUUACUUCGG